AGGAAUUUCAUUGAAGAGUUUUAUAAAAACAACGCUUCUUUUUAUCUUAUGCAAUUUGCAUAAGAUGUUACUUAUAUAAAAGAAGACGAUUUGAAAAAUGCCAUAUCGUUUACGUUAUUCGCGAGGAAGAAGUUGUAUUUUUGGGUGAUAACUAAUACAGUGAGAAUGAAAUUUGAAAGUAUUCUUUUUAUCUUGGUACUGGCAUUCAUCAGCGUUUGUAGAGCUGAACUGGGAAUUAAUGCUAGAAAUGCUGGGUGGAAUAGUAAUUCUGGUUAUAAUGCAAACCUUGGCCAUAACGGAUGGCCAAACAAUCCCGGAUAUAAUAAUAAUUUAGGACUCAGUGGUCAAGGCAUUAAUCCUAGAUAUAAUACUAAUCUUGGACGCGCUGGAUGGGGUGGUUAUCAAGGUUACAAUACAAAUUUUGUUCAAGGUGGUUGGGGCAACAAUCCUUAUCCUAACCACCUCGGAAAUGGAGCAUGGAGUGGUCAUCCUGAGUAUAAUACAAAUCUUGGUCAUGGUAGAUGGAAUGGCAAUCGCGGUCAUGAUGUACAUUUAGGAUAUUCUGGCUUGAAUAAUAAUCAUUAUAAUACGAAUCUUGGCUAUAAUGGGUACGGUAUCAACCCAGGCCACAACGCACAACUUGGACAAGGUGGUUGGGGUAGCAACUCAGGCUACCACAACAAUCUAGGUUACAAUAGAAACAUUGAUCAUCGAGAUUACAACAAUAACCUUGGUUAUGGUCGAAAUUUAGGAUACGGUGUAGCUAAUGGACAUCUCGGGAACGGACUUAAUCCUGCACAUAGCAGGUACAAUAAUAAUCUUAAUGAUUUAGGAGUUAUAAAUCGUUCAAUUACUCACGAGCCUUACGGUGUUAACGGAGGGCGUCAACAAUAUGGAAAGUAAAAGAUAUACAGAUUUUCUGAAAUAUUUGUAAUGUAAUAUGCUUAAAAUUAUUGUUUUUUAAACAAAUAAUACUCAUUAAAUUUAAA